AGUGCUGACUUCCACGUAGUGAUCCCCGGGCAACGCCGUGUCUGACCACCGUAACGGAGUGGCAGACCGGCGGCUAACGAGCGCUGUGCAUUCGUACACUUUCCUUCAUUGCGGUUGAGUACGAUUAAGACUUUUCUUCGAUGCCAUCGAAGCCUUUGCGGGACGCCUCCGGGCGCUUCCAAUCAAAACGCCCUUCUCAGGGCGAACCCAACGGCCCUUCUCAGGGCCAACCCAACGGCCCUUUUCAGGGCCAACCUGACGACAUAUCUGUGUCGGAUACUAGCCGCGCACCAUCUGCGGCUAGUUUGUUUUGUCGGGCGGACGACUCGUCGGACUGCGAGUCCGUGACCGAGGCGGUCGCCAGUACCAGUCGGUACCUAAAGCGGGCCUACCUGAGGCAAGAAUCCGACGAUUCUUCGGAAUCUGUAAUUGGUAGGACUAAAAAGGCGAAGGCGAAAUCAAGUUCCCACGAUGUGGGACUUGAUGAGGCUCAACGCCAGCUGAGGGCGUCUCUGGCGCAAGCAAAGCGGGUGGAGGUUCAAAAGGACCUAGAAGAAAAGGUCGCCGCCAAGGAGCGCGCAACCGGUGCUGCACGGUCCAGGGCCGGCUACGGGGCCUCCAACGUCCUGUACGCAGACCACUCAGUGGCCGAGCUAGCGCAAAUGGCGCUGGAGGACAAGGAGGAGAUUUUGGAGGUGGCCUCCAAGUCCUCCAAUCUGAAGGGAACCUUCCAAAAGGCCCUUAAAUGCCGUGCAGCCAGCUUGCACGGCAUUAUUGCGGAACUGGUGCAGCGCACGGCCACGGAUGAAUCGCGGCAGCUGCAGGCGCGGGUGGAUCGCCUGCAGGCUGAGGUAAGCCAGCUGCAUAAGAAGCUGGCUGAAGCCACGGCUCCUGCCCCCAAAACCUCAGCAGCAACAGGCUCCUCCUCCGACCUUGAGGACAUCAUCCGCAAGGUCACUCAGGAGGAGAGAGCCUUCACCAGAGCCUGCCUUGCAGGUAUAGAGGAUCGGCUGUUGCCGGAAAAGCGCAUCCGUCCUCCACUCGCGGCGGACAGAGCGCCAGUUGCGAUGCCGGCACCGGCAACGGUCCCAUCCACCAGCGGGCAACCCCAGGCCCCAAAGCCCUCUAAGGGCAAAGGGAAGGGAAAAAAGUCCCAGGCGGCAGCUCCACUUGCGCCCAGCACAUGUGCAGAUGCACAAGUCGAGCUUGGAACCGUCCAAGCAGCUCCUCCUCUUAGCCAGCAGGACGACGCGGGGGAACCUUCCGCCACCCCUCCCACCGAGACGUGGACGGAGGUAGUGAAAAGAGGGAAAAAGAAGAAGACGGUCCCGAAAAUCACCCCGGCUGCUCCUGCAGCCAACAGGGCUCCUGCCGCUCCCUUAAACAAGGGUGUGAAACUAGCGGCUCCCAGGUCGGCGGCGGUGACGGUGACCAUCACUCCAGAGGCCGCUGAAAGGGGUGAAACAUACGAGUCGGUGCUGACGCGGGCUCGUGGGUUCGCUGACCCCAUCCAAUUGGGCAUCGGCCCCAUCAAGUGUCGCCGUACCCAAACCGGCGCUCGAUUAUUCGAGUUCCCCGGGGCCGCGGGUUCGCAAAACGCGGAUCUCUUCGCGGCUAAGCUGCGAGAGGGCAUCGCGGACGUGGCAAAGGUCGCCAGACCAGUCAAGUCCGCGACACUGGAGGUUGUGGAUCUCGAUGAUUCAGUUUCCAUGAACGAAGUGGUUGCGGCCAUUGCAGCAGCAGGAGGCUGCUCCGUCGAGGCGGUGCAUGGUCGGACCAUCUGGACUGGCCGCCGCGGCCUGGGCAUGACCCGUGUGGACUGCCCAGUCACCGCAGCCAAGGCCGUCCUGAACAGAACCAAAGGACGGCUGCUGAUCGGGUUCAGCUCAGCUGUGGUCCGAGCACUUGAGGAGCAACCUCUGCGCUGCUUCAAGUGCUUCGGCACUGGCCACACCCGAUACAUGUGUCCGUCCAGCGCGGAGAGGGCAGACACCUGCUACCGUUGCGGCAAGUCGGGGCACUUGGCGGCGUCCUGUGACGCCACCACGCCGCACUGUGCUGUGUGCGCGGCCAGUGGUCGCCCAGCGAACCAUUUCAUGGCUGGGAGGAAGUGUACUCCUCCCACCAAGAAGGGCAAAAUGCAGGCGCCAAAACGUCCUGCCGCUGCCAAUGCUACCGCCACCGCUACCCCGGUCACGGUCGCUGACGCGGGAGAUGAGAUGAUUGAAUAAUGGGGCGC